CUCAAGUUUCAUACUACAGGAGACAUUUUUAAGGAAUCACUCUUGCUGAGGAAUUCCGUACAGUGCGUAGCUGCUGCCGCCACCUCCCUGAUUCACAGAACCUACAGCUUGAAAAUGAGAGUGUUAGCUGGGUUAUUCCUUUAAAAUUUGAUCUGAGAAUGGGGGCUGAGAGUGACAGGGUGCCCUUAUUUAAUCUAUUAACAAGUGUUUUUAGCUCUUUGUCUAUUACAGUAUUACGAGACCAUCGAGACUGUGAUUUGGCAGCCAACACCAUCGUCCAUCGAGAGGAUUCACUGUCAAAACAAUGUAUGAUUGUAUGGUGGAGCAGAAGUAUCAGGAGCUGUCCAUUCCACAGAAGACUGUAUGGCAGCAACUUAAACCUUACAAGAUACGUGUUUCCGUCUGGAUGAUAUAUCAGAAGAAGAUUUUGACACACGAAUCUUUAAAGAAGAAGCUAUGUGUUUCCUUAGCAGAUGUGUGGUGUGUGUGGCAAGUGAGGAAGAUGUGAAUCACCUCAUUCUUAGGUGCAACAUAGUGACUGAAGGGUAUCUCGAGGAUGAUAGCUAAAUAUCUGCAGGUUACAAAUGUUUUAAAUCUCGAGACAGCAGACGUGACAGAAGUUAUUGCAAAUUGACCGCAUCAGCAGCCUCAAGGGCCACAGGAUUGGUGCACCAAGAUUCUUCUAAGCGCGUUUUGUUGGAUAAUUUGGAAGGAAAGGAACUCACGGAUCGGUCCUUUGAUGGGAAAGCAUCGUCUCCUCAGGUUAUCUGCUGCAGAAUUGGAAACAUGUUUGCACAAUGGCUAAUUGUAGCAGGGAAAGUGCAAAGACCAAUUGUGGAAGAGUGGCUGACCAAUUUGCAGAGGAGUUUGCUUCCAAUACAAGGACCACAAGAGAGCAGCAGCCUGACCUGUGAAGAGAUGUAUGGAACUAGCCAAAAAAUGCAGAUGAUAUUGUAAAUGCGCGUUGAGUCUCUGCUGCAUAUAAGAAUUAAGAAGUGGCUACACUGAAGAAGCUCCCCUGAUGGAAGUAGCCUGUCUUGCCUUGAUGGGGAAUGAGAUACAGAUGUCUUUGAGAAGAAGAAAUGGUAAGGCGGUGUGUGUAUGUUACUGUUUUUUGAUAAUGGUGUGUAUGUUACUGUUACAUGUUCGUCAUUCGAUGCUACAGAAAAUCAUUGGUGAUAUGCGAAAGUGGCUGGAGGAUUGUGGUUAUGUGAUCAUUGGAAAUGUUCCUAUCUCUGAUACAGAGCUUAACGCUAGAGAUUGCAUGGUCUUUUUGCUGCUCAUUUACCAAUGCUACUACAGUACUACUGCUGUUGUAAGUGCAGAUUGUAAGAGCAGUUUGUGCUGCUCAGGUUCCUAAAAUCUUUUUUUGGAAGUAAUGAUAAUAACACUAACCCAUCUCUUUACAUAUUACCAUUAUAAAGAACAUGAUGAAGAGUUGAUUUGUUCACUUGUUAUUAUUUCUUCCUGGGCAGCAGAAAGCUCUCUGUUGUCGAAGCUUGAUCUGAUCUGUCUGCAGAUAGUCUUACUUUUCACUGUGAAAAUGGCCAUGCACUUUCCUCACAGCUUUCACUCUCAUUUUGAGUUGUUAUGGGAAAACCUAAAAGCUCUGUCCAUGUCAAGUAGUGAAGUAGACGGUGUGAGAACUGGCCAUUUGCAAAUCUGUAGUGUACAACUGUACAUGUGUAUCUAGUAUCUAUAGGGCUAAGGUUUUGUAGGUCCUGUAUCUAGUAUCUUUGAUAAUAUAUAAAUGACGAAAUUGGAUUAGAAUGGAAAUGUGAGUUAUCAAUCCUCAUACCUCUCGCAUGCUAAGCGCGAGCCGCUCUAUCGUCGGACCUACAUCUCCUUGGCCUGAAAGUGGUACCCUCCUAGUCGGUCUUCAUAACCCUUCCUUGUUGUGGAAGGAAAAAGGAUGUGAUGGAACUCACUACAUUACUCUACUGAGUGACUUGACUUGGUCCUUCAAACAUCCAAUUAAUGGUUCCAGCCAUUUCUGAGGCCUGGAACCUCUUGUCCAAUUUGUCUAACUGCAUGGGACCAAUGACAGUAGCUAGAUGAUGACUUCUGGUCACCCCAACGAGAAUCCUCAACAAUAAUAUGCCAACCGUCAAUUGAUUGUUUCUGCCAUCUGCCAUCUUCAGCCUCCAUAACUUCAUAUAUUAAGUAACCAGGGACCCAUUUUGGACAGUGGUUUGUAGUAAUUCGUUGAUUUUCGACCGGGAGGAUUGUGAAGGCAAAAGAAAGGCCUCUCUGGCCUCUCUGCUCAUUUCCACCAUUAUUGGUGGAGAAUGUAGAGCAGCAGAAGUUAUUAUGCAGCAGAGGGAUUGUGAGGGUAAUAUCAGUCAGAGGGUCAAUCUCUUUCUCUCUGUGACUCUCAUUCAAUAUUGUCUACUUCCAAAUUAAUCAUUCUUUCUUGUUGACACCUAAAAUUAAUUCGACCAGAAUUAAAUGCCGCAUUAAUUAGUCUCGGCAUUUAAGUCGAUACCGCAUGUAAAAAACGGUAUCGUUGGGAGUCGAGCGGCGUCGCGGAGAACUAAAACGGUACCGCAAGGAAGCUCAGCGGUGCCGCGGUACUGCAAACGACACCGUUUACCGAAAAACAAGAGGGCCGCGCGUGGGUAUUGGAGAAGGAGUUUUCUCUAAUUAAUUAUUAUUUUUAUUCCUUGUUGGAUUGGAAGAAGCGGCACCGAGGAGAGCUAAAACGAUGCCGCGGAAUUAAAAACAGUACCGCGAGGAAGCCCAACGGUACCGCAAGCAAACGACAGUGUUUAAUAAAAAACAAUGUCGCAAAAGGAAAAACAAACGGAGCCGUUUUGGCGCUAAUGAUGUCGUUGGUCGUGGACUAGUGAGGGCCAGAUUAGUUAAUUAAUAUUUUUAAUGACUUUUUAGCACGGUGUCGUUAGUUGAAAACGAUGCCGCAAGAAGGAACGACACCGCGGAUUUAAAGACGAUGCCGCGAGUGGGCCAAACGAUGCCGCAGUUGUUAAAACGACAGCGUUAAAUUUAAAGCGGCAUCGCAAAGUUCAACAGAAUCGCAGAAAUAGAAAACGAUGCUGUUUAAUUAAGAACGGCGCCGCGGAGUGAGAGUUUGACAACGUGCCAACAAUGAUGGCCGGUUUAAUUAAUAUUUUAAGGAUCAGGUAAGACGGUGUCGCUUUAGCCGAAAACGACAUCGUGGGAGGUCGACACCGUCGCGGUACUGAAACGAUGUUGUUUAAUUAAAAACAACCUCGCAGUGACGAGAGUUCAUCAAUGGCGGAUUUUGGCUCAGUGACGUUUUGGACCAAGUUGCCACGUGCUCAAGGGGUUUCGCACUCGUGGGAGUUACGCAACAAGGAGGAAGUUGCCUGCACAGUUGACAGGAGUGAAGACGUGGGAGACAAAGGCGCGAAGGCGGUUACUACGACGAGGAGAAGCGCGAAGUAUAAAGAUUGGGAAGAGAGAGAAGUUCGAGACGGCAAAUCAAAUCAAAAACUGCACCUACGCAGAUUUAUCUUUUUCUCUCUAGUUCGUAGAACUUCUCUGUCAAAGACCUCCUUUGCAGAGUCGUAGUAGUCGUAGUAGUCGUAGUCGUAGUUGCGGAGCUCUCCAGAGGAACCUCCAUAGGAGUAGAGGUAACGUAACUUAGAACACUCCCGGUUUGGUUUCUCGUUUCUCGUUGAACACCCUCGUUCGAACGUAGUUUGGAGAGGUGGUGAACCGAGUAACGGUUGUUUGAUUAGAAGUCAAAGGUGUAUUGAUCGAAUCAACAUCGCCGACACCGGCGGUGGAUAUUUGACAGUCAUCUUGGUUUCUGUUUAAUCGAUCAAAUCAACGGCGCCGACAUUCGGUGGCGGAUAUUUGACGAUUUUUGCUGACUUUGGGUUUUUGUUUCCUUGAAAUCAGAGCGCAUUGAACGCACGAGUUUCGCCAACGAAACACUUCUCCAUUGCGAAUGAGGCAGUAGCCAAGUUGUCGACUGGUCGUGAUGCUUGCUUGUUUUCCCCCUUCACCCACUUCUCUAGUAACAUGAUUAAAAAAAAAAAACCCCCUUCUUCUUCCAUAAUAGCAGAACAAAUGAGAGGGCAUUUUGGGUUUCCCCUUUGAAAUUCAAAACUUCGACAAUUUCGCAACAAACAGCAACAACAUGGUCGAUCGUUUAAGUGAGUCGUAGUCGUCAGGGUAAAACCAAAAAGGAAAAUCCACCUAAAUGUUGGAAUUAGGGUGUUGACAUCAAAUUUGUUAUAAUGGUGCCAACACUAAUUAAAGUUAAUUAAUGAUAAACUUUUUUAUUUCUUUUGACUUUGUAUAUUGAAGGCGGUUGACAAUUUUUAACUGUUGAUAUUGAAAGGAGGGAGACGCUUAUCAUCUUUGCAAAUUAUCAGAGCACAAGAAGCGCGUGUGACGCUGUCUAUUUAUUUCUUAUUCCGUUUUUAGCUGGCAAUGACCACAAGUAUCAUGAAGUGUACUGGAAAAUUCAUACAAGAAAUACGAUAAACCACA